AUGGCGCGUCCGGCGGUGCCGAGCUCGCAGAAGGCGCUGCUGCUGGAGCUGAAGAGCCUUCAGGAGGAGCCCGUGGAGGGUUUCCGCGUCAGCCUGGUCGACGAGGGAGAUCUCUACAACUGGGAGGUGGCCAUCUUCGGGCCCCCCAACACACACUACCAGGGAGGAUACUUCAAGGCUCGUCUCAGGUUCCCCAUCGACUACCCGUAUUCACCGCCCGCCUUCAGGUUCCUGACCAAAAUGUGGCAUCCGAACAUAUACGAGACAGGAGACGUUUGCAUCUCCAUCCUGCAUCCUCCGGUGGAUGACCCACAGAGCGGGGAACUGCCUUCGGAAAGGUGGAAUCCCACCCAAAACGUCCGGACGAUCCUCCUGAGUGUGAUCUCGCUCCUCAACGAGCCGAACACCUUUUCCCCGGCCAACGUUGACGCUUCCGUCAUGUACCGCAAGUGGAAGGAGAGCAAAGGGAAGGACCAGGAAUACACAGACAUCAUCAGGAAGCAAGUGCUGGGCACCAAGGCGGAGGCCGAGCGGGACGGCGUCAAGGUCCCCACCACGCUGGCGGAGUACUGCGUCAAGACCAAGACCCCGGCGCCGGACGAGGGCUCGGACCUCUUCUACGACGACUACUACGAGGACGACGAGAUGGACGACGAGGUGGACAGCUGCUACGGCGACGAGGACGAUUCCGGCAACGAGGAGUCUUGACAAGGGGGGCCCCGCCCUCGCCCCCGCCCCGCCCCCCCUCCCCCUCCUCCUCCUCCUCCUGCUGCUGCUGCUCCUGAUAGUAGCAAUAAACUAUCUGACUCUUUUACUUGAACCCGGGAUGGAUCCGGUUGAGGCUUUGCCCCGAAUUGGAAUGGAAUCGAGAUUGAAUGAGAGAAAGAGAGAGAUUGAGAGAGAGAGAGAGAACUCUACCUCACAAAGGGAGACGUGGUUUCUGCUUGACGUGGCUGGGAUGGGGAGGGAGGGGAUUUCACGUUUAUUAUUAUUAUUAUUUAGGGGAUAGAUUGAUUGGUUGUUUGGCUUUUGUUUGUCGUUCUUCUCGCGCCGAGGAGGAGGAGGAAAUGAUCGGGAUUUGCAGGCCUUCGAUUCUCGAGUGUUUUUGCCUAUUCGUUCCACCACAAGACUUUAAUUCUGAAUUGACGUGGUUGGGAAGGUACUACGAGAUCCUUAUAUUCGAUGGCGUUUUAUUACAUUCUCGGCCACUGCGAGGCGCUGCUUGGCCGUCUUUCCGCCGCGUUUUCUUUCCAGUUUUGGGGAAUGUUUGCGUCCCCUUCAGGAUGUGGACUUUUUCUUUUGCUUUUGUGGUUUUGUUCCGUGUUCCAGGGGAGGUUGGGGUUUCGGUUGUUUCUCCCUCUUGGUUUUGAAGCUAUUUAAUAAAAAGGACUUUGAAAGGAAA